CUCAAUUAGAAUUUUAAAAUUUUCAAUCUUAAAUCGUGGAUCACAAAUAAUACCUAUUUUAUAAAUAUCAGGAAUGUACAAAUAAUAAGUACACCAUUUAUCUCUCAUAGGAGAGACAUAAGGGUACAAAUCUGGAUCAGCCAUACUUUCACGAAAACAUGUUGCGAUUGUANGGUGCUAUUUCUUCUUGUACAAUACCGUAUAACCCUUGAUAUUCCUUAAACAAAUCCUCAAAAAGAGUUAUAGCAUUAUCUCUUUCAUUUUUUCAUUCUACUAAAUAGCUGUAGUAAUAACUAUUUUUAUCUAAAAAACAACUGUAGUAAUACUCAAUUAGAAUUUUAAAAUUUUCAAUCUUAAAUCGUGGAUCACAAAUAAUACCUAUUUUAUAAAUAUCAGGAAUGUACAAAUAAUAAGUACACCAUUUAUCUCUCAUAGGAGAGACAUAAGGUUGUUGUUGACAUUUCAUUCAUGCUCCAAACGGUAAGACGGCCAGGGAGUAAAGAGUUGCAGGCCGCGGUGGAGGGAAAACAGAGAAGAAACGAGGAAGAGAGAGAAAAAAGGGGCGGGUCGAAUUCUCAGUUCAGAGAGUCGGGUCAUCUAAAACUGCGAUCCAAACAAAAAACAGAAGCUCCAGGGGACGGGGUGAAUUAAGAAGAGAGAAAGAAAAAAGAAGAAAUGGUGAAGAUAUACUCCAAAGUCUUCUUUCCCUUUACCACCACAACUUCUAUAGACCCACACACCCAUCACCCAAGCUCUAACCCUAGAAACUUUUCCCCCCAAUCUAAACCCUCCAUUUUCCUCUCGUCUUCAUCAUCAUCAUCAUCAUCGCCUCCGCCAUCUCUCUUUAUCCCGUCCAAGAUCUCUCUCCCUCUCUCUUGCUCGCUCUCUCCGUCAAUUCCAUUCUAUCCGCUCGCCCAACCUUCUUCUUCUGGGCCUUCCCAGUUCGCAGUCGCGUUCUCUCUUUCUUCCGUGCUGAUUGACAAUUCGGUUCAUCCGCUAAUCUUGCAAAGGGUUUUGUAGGUGGUUGCAUUUUGGAGUGUCUGAGUCAAUGCAAUAGGAGGGAAGUUAAUUCAUCGCUUAACUGUAACCUUUUCACUUAAGACUUCAUGGAUGAACCUGGUGGCAUUCUUAUUGAAGCUCCUGUUCCUAGUGCUACAAUAAGGAAGAGAAGAAGCAGCAUUCCUCGGCGACCUAGACCUGAGAUACAGCUUUUUCCAGAAAGUUAUGAUCCAUCAACACCAAUUUCUUAUGAUCCCGGAAGGGUCUCCAGUGAGGAAACUGAUGUUAGUUCUGGAGGGAAGAUGUUCAGCCUUAACCAGUGUAUAUCAAGGGGCUCUCCUGCUACUAUAGCUGAAACUGAUUAUCCAAACAAGAGGGUUAAGGAUGAUAUGGAAUCUAGAGUACCCUACAGCAAUAGUGGACCGGGAGAUGAUACCUACCACCACCUGAGUCCUACCGGACAUUUGGGAGCAAUUCACAAUGGUGUAGGAAAUGAAAACAAGCUCAAGAAAGUUAAGCUGAAGCUCGGUGGGGUAACAUGUACUAUUCAAGCUAAAAGCAAUCCCCAUGGUACAUAUGACAUUGGAUCUUCUACAAAGAGUUCUCGACCUCUUGACGCCCCUCGGCCACGGCAGAAAUUUACCCUUCAGGAAAAUCCAGGAGAGGGUCAAAUCCUCUCGGAUACGAAAAUCCAUUAUCCAACAAAAGCUUUGUCUAGGGGUGUUGAUUCUUGCAAGGAGGGUAUCAGGAAGAUGUCAAACAAGAGUUCAGCUGAAAAGUCAGAUUCUGUGAGGAAGAGCAAACGGGUCCCGAAGAGGCGUGUUUUGGAUGGGGCAUUUGAUGAAGACGAUGAAGAUGAUGAUGAGAUUAGGUAUCUGGAAAAGCUAAAAACAUCAAAAGCUUUUGGCCUCAAAGAUUAUGAGGAGGAGAAGUCCAAUAAACAUCGGAGUCUUUCUCAGGUUUCUAAAAGUGUCGGAGAGAUUGGGAAGUUGGCCAAAGAUGGUAAGAAGAGGUCCGAUAAAGGUUCUGACGACACUGAGUAUGAAGAGGAGGAAAUGUUGUUGUCUGAUGGGGAUUGUGAAGGGAAAAGGAGACAGAAACAAAGAAGGGACUCCCCACCUGAUAUAGUGAUGGAAUCCAAGAGGGAAUUAGCUCUUACAACACGUCAACGAGCUCUUCUCUCAAGCAAGGAGCCAUCUGCUGGUGUGAAUGAGGUUGAGUUCCCUAAUGGUUUGCCCCCACCUCCAUCUCGAAAACAAAAAGAGAAACUCACAGAGGUGGAACAGCAACUGAAGAAAACCGAGGCUGCUCACAGGCGUAAAAUGCAAAAUGAGAAGGCAGCUCGAGAAUCUGAGGCCGAGGCAAUUAGGAAAAUACUUGGUCAAGAUUCAAAUAGAAAAAAGAAAGAAGACAGAGCGAAGAAGCGCCAAGAAGAGUUGGCUCAGGAGAAGGCAGCUAAACAUCAAGUGCUUGCAUCAGAAACUGUCAGAAUUGUCAUGAGGCCUACAGGGACGGUAGUGACAUUUCCCAUAGAGAUGGGGUUCCCCCCUAUAUUUGAAUCCAAACCCUGCAGUUAUCCAGCCCCUCGUGAAAAAUGUGCGGGGCCUUCCUGUCUGAACCCAUACAAAUAUCGUGACUCCAAGUCGAAGCUCCCACUAUGCAGUCUCAAUUGCUAUAAGGCUAUUCAUUCUAAGAUGGAUGCUGGAAAUGUGACGACACUGUGUGGCUCAUAGUCUCCUUCAUUAGAUUUUGCAUGGCGUAGUACUACUGGAUAUUUCAUGAAUAUGUGAACCACGGAGGUCUAUCUGUUCGGGGAAGUAUAUGUUGAAAGUCGAAGCUUUCAAAUAUAACACGACGCACACAUAAGCUUUCAUAUUCUAUAAAAGUAUUUUUUUUAAAUCAAAGUAUUUUUAAAAAUUACUUGAAGUGGAUGUGUGUAUCAAUUCGUCCACUAUUAAUGAAAAAAUGUGUAAGAUUACUUCAUAAAAUGUUUUGAUUAAAGAAAUAAUAUAAAUUAUAAAUAAUGCAGAGUAUGAAAUCUUAAGAGUGUGUUGUAGUAGAAUAUUUGAAAGCUUCCACUUUUGACAUGGGAUUCUAACAGUAGACAAAUACAUUUCCAAAUAUAUAGGCCCUCUGUGGUGCACAAAUUUCUUAAAUAUUGAGCAGUAUUCAUUCUAAGAAAGGGGAAUUCUCCAACACUAAGCUUGAAAUGUCGAAGAGAUGGAAAUAAGUUGCACCAUAACUUUUUACCAUUUGCACCAAGCGUGUGCCUCUCUCUUUUUUUAUAGUAAUAAUUACUUUUCUUAGGGUGGUCAAUUGUAAUUUUUUUUUUGCAUAACUUUGAAUUACUCUAAAGUGAUGUCAUGGUUAAGCUAUUUGUGGUUG